UCGCCCCAGCUCGCCAAUGCCCUUCCCACACUCCUGCCACUGCCGCCCCACUGCCCUGAGCGAGGCUUUCUCCCCAUGCCAGGCUCUCUCCAGCGCCAUACACAGCUGCCCCUGCCCUUCUGACACUGCCUCCCCACUGGGGCGAGCUGGGAUCGUGCCCCCUGAGCCGGGCUCUCUCCAGCGCCGUAUACAGCUGCCCCUGCCCUUCUGACACUGCCUCCCCACUGGGGCGAGCUGGGAUCGUGCCCCCUGAGCCGGGCUCUCUCCAGCGCCAUACACAGCUGCCCCUGCUCUACUGACACGGCCUCCCCACUGGGGCGAGCUGGGAUCGUGCCCCCUGAGCCGGGCUCUCUCCAGCGCCGUAUACAGCUGCCCCUGCCCUUCUGACACUGCCUCCCCACUGGGGCGAGCUGGGAUCGUGCCCCCUGAGCCGGGCUCUCUCCAGCGCCGUAUACAGCUGCCCCUGCCCUACUGACACUGCCUCCCCACUGGGGCGAGCUGGGAUCGUGCCCCCUGAGCCGGGCUCGCUCCAGCCGUCCCGCGCCGUUGGAAGCGCCUCUGCAGACGGCAAGGUUGUCCGGUGAUUUCGGACAUGGCCUCGGAGGCGGUGAAGGUCAUAGUGCGCUGCCGGCCCAUGAACGAGCGAGAGAAGGCCCUCAGCUGCCAGGCCGUGAUCAGCAUGGACAGCCCCCGGGGCCAGUGCUUUAUCCAGAACCCGGGGGCCACUGACGAGCCCCCGAAGCAGUUCACCUUCGACGGGGCGUACUAUGAGAGCCACAACACUGAACAGAUCUACAAUGAAAUUGCCUACCCGCUGGUAGAGGGUGUUACUGAGGGCUACAAUGGCACCAUUUUUGCCUAUGGCCAGACUGGCAGUGGGAAGUCAUUUACCAUGCAGGGCAUUAUGGACCCUCCCACACAGAAAGGCAUAAUUCCCAGAGCAUUUGAACACGUUUUUGAAAGCGUACAGUGUGCCGAAAACACCAAAUUCUUGGUGAGAGUCUCUUACCUGGAGAUCUACAAUGAAGACAUAAGAGAUUUGCUAGGAGCCGACACCAAGCAAAAGUUGGAGCUGAAGGAGCACCCAGAGAAGGGGGUGUAUGUGAAAGGACUCUCCCUGCACACCGUGCACAGCGUGGCCCAGUGCGAGCGCAUCAUGGAGACGGGUUGGAGAAACCGAGCAGUGGGCUACACCCUGAUGAACAAGGAUUCUUCCCGCUCCCACUCCAUCUUCACCAUCAACAUGGAGAUCUAUGUUGUAGAUGAGAGAGGGCAGGAUCACCUGAGAGCUGCAAAACUCAACCUGGUGGAUCUGGCUGGAAGCGAGAGGCAGUCCAAAACCGGAGCCACAGGGGAGCGUCUCAAAGAAGCCACCAAAAUUAACCUCUCUCUCUCAGCUCUGGGCAAUGUCAUCUCAGCCCUGGUAGAUGGCAGGUGCAAACACAUCCCCUAUCGAGACUCAAAGCUGACCCGGUUGCUGCAGGACUCCCUUGGAGGAAACACCAAGACCCUCAUGGCGGCCUGCCUGUCUCCUGCUGAUAACAACUACGACGAGAGCCUCAGCACUUUGCGCUACGCCAACCGGGCAAAGAACAUCAAGAACAAGCCCCGUAUCAAUGAGGAUCCCAAAGAUGCUCUGCUGAGGGAGUAUCAGGAGGAGAUCAGGAAGCUGAAGGCCAUUUUGGCUGAACAGAUGAACACAAAUAACUUGUCAGGUCUGUUACCUGCUGAGACUGCUCAGCUGGAAGUGAAGCCAGCUCUCCUACCUGAACCCCAGCCAGAUGUCGAGGCAGAGAAGCAGCUGAUCAGAGAAGAGUAUGAGGUGAAGCUGGCCCGGCUGAAGGCAGACUAUGAAGCCGAGCAAGAGUCCCGCGCCCGACUUGAGGAGGACAUCAAUACCAUGCGGACUUCCUACGACCGCAAGCUGUCCACUCUGGAGGAAAACCUCAGGAAGAUGCUGUCCUGAGGGUUGAAACUCUCCCUGACCAGGCACCUUUGUCUCCAGGCCCUGUUGUCGCCGUCACAGAAACAGAACAGGUGUCCACCAAGGACACAGCAGAGCCUCAGAUAGCCCAGUACGUCGGGAGUGUGACCAGAGAGAGU